AUGGGGAUGAGAAACCUGAGGAGGAGGGAGUCAGCUCUACACUCGGAACUGGAAGCUUUGAGAUGGGCAAUGGAAACAAUGUUGCAACAGUCGGAUUGUCAGAGAUUUGGCACUGAUUGCAAAGACCUGAUAGCAAUGCUGGCAGAACCAAAAGCAUGGCCAAGCUUCUCAACUGAAUUGGAGAUGAUUCACACGAUCAAGUUAUGCUAUUCAGACUUCAAGAUCUGCUACGUACCAAGAACUGAGAAUGCGAUAGCUGAUUCUUUAGCUAGGAACGCUCGUACCUUCCAUAGAUCAUUAUGCUAUUUUGGUUGUUCUAUUCCGGUCUGGUUUAGUGAUAUUGAGAGUAUGAAUGAAGGCAAGAGAAGAGGAGUUAUCCCAUUGACAAAUUGA